UCCUCAUGUUAUUAAUAGUCAUAUGUAAAUAAUAAUAUUGACAUAAAAUGAUUAAGGUAAAGUAAUCUAAGUAUAUAAAUAAUGCAGUAUAGUCUCUAUCGUCUGACCGGUUUUACAACAAAAUGGAACUAUAUCGUAAUUUGUUUAUUUGCUCGGCUAUUCUAACAGUUUCUGCAAUUCUAACACAUGGGUUAGCUAUGGGACUACCGUACUGGAUAUACCGGCGAGUCAGUGUUAAAAUUGCAAAUAUAUCAGUGGAUGCUCUUGCUUAUGAAGGAUUAUUUAAAGCAUGUAGAGAGUAUGAUGAUAAAAUACAUAUAGUAGAACACAAACAUAAGCAUAUUAAAGAGUGUAUUAAUACACCUGAUAGAAACUGGCUACUUCAAGCGCCUAACAAAGACUGGAUAAUUCCUGAAAGGUAUUUGGUUUCAUUCGCAAUGGGUGGUCUUGCUAUGACCUUCUUCUCAGAUAUACUCAUAGCAUCUGGUUUACGUAGCAGGAGACACAUAUUUGGAUCCAGCAUAAGCAAUUUAACAGCAGUUCUGUUGCUUUUAACAGUUCUUAUUGUAUAUGGAAUACAAUCAGAUUCGUCAGCAUACUAUGUGGCGUUUGACUGUGAGAUAAUAUCGUUAAUUUUGUCAAUCUUCAGUAGUUUGUGUCGCUUCACAAUCUGCAGAGGAGAAAAAAAUGGACCGUAUGAGCGCAUAAAGGAAAAGUCAUUUCGGGUUAAUUCGUAGUCAUAUAUAAAUAUACUUCAGAAUCAUCGUCUUUAACCAAUUCACUCCUGGUUUUAAAACCGUCAUCAUGAACUAAUUCGUAAGUUUGUGUGAUACAAAUAUGUUGCAAUGGACUUAAAGGAAACAAACAAAUGUGAACAGGAUCUUCAGUAGAACGUUUUUGAAUAACCAAAUCUGGUUCUUCCUGAAUGGUUUUGCUAUAUUUAACAGGAAUGGCCGCAUGAUGUAUCUAUAUGUAAAUGAUGGUAUGCUUUCACCUAUAUGUGUUCAUAUAAUGUAUAUUGAGAUGUGUUAUUAAUUUUUUUUCAUAUUGCUCAUAAAUAAUAAGAAUUGCUUGCA